AUGGGAAACUGUAAUGGAGUAAAAAAUUCCAUAGUCCCUGGAAGUAUUAAGCUAUCAAAAGCAGAGGAAGGAAAACAAGUCGAUGGAACUCUUUUCAAGCAGAUGGUGGGGAGUUUAAUGUAUAUGACAACAACCAGUUCUGACUUAAUGUAUUGUGUGUGUCUCUUUAGUCGGUUCAUAUCAAAUCCAAAGGAAGUACACAUGCUUGAAGCCAAAAGAAUUUUAAGGUAUAUUAAGUCAAUAAUUGAUCUCGGCAUCUUCUACUGGAAAGGGUGCAGGGACGAGUUAGUAGCUUACACGAACAACGGUUAUGCUUGUGAUAUAGAUGAUCGAAAAAGUACCUCAGGCUAUCUAUUCAUGUUAAGUGGUGGAGUUGUUGCAUGGGCAUCCAAGAAGCGUCCAGUGGUUACUCUUUCUACAACUAAGGAUGAAUACGUAGAAGCUGCAUCCACUGCUUUCCAGUGUAUUUGGAUGCAACACAUUCUAAAACAAAUUAAAGGUACUCAAUCUGAUUGUAUUAUAUUACAAUGUUCUGCGAUAAUUCUUCUACCAUUAAGCUUGCCAAGAAUCCAGUUUAUCAUGGGAGAAGUAAACACAUAG